AUGCCGGCCAAACCGUCAUCACAGGCGCCGGGGAGGGGUCAACCGGCGGCUCCCCAGUCGCGGACAUCCAAUCCGUCUAGAAACGAUGACUCGGGCUCAGGAGGUGAGGGAAUCCGGCGCGCCUGGAAGGCAUUUUGCCAGAAGCUAAACUUGAGAUCAACAGCAGAGACUCCGGCCCGUCGACGCCUCCAGAAAUCCGUCUCGACGAUCAACAUGAACACUUCGAAUAAUGUCGAUGCCCAGUCCGCGAGGGCUGUUGCGGGACCGCGCUCCGGGGGAAUGGGUCGUAGGAGAUUGUCCAUUAGAGACCAGAAGACGCCUCAGGGGCCACGUCCACAGGACUCUUCUCGCUGGAGUAAACCAACUGGUCCCUACUUCCACUCCGAAACCUCCUCAAUAGAUUCGACAAAUGAUUCCACCAAAGGCUACAACCUCCGAUCCACCAGUGUGGGAAAUUUGGCCAAGGAAGCCAACGCCAACCAAACCCCUCCGGAAAAUAUGGAUUUUUUGGCGCCCAUCAAUUUCGACGACUUCCACAACAGCAUUAUGGCCGAGCCCAGCUUAAACCAUUUUCCCAUGCCUGGCUCCGGGGGUGCGGGGUCUGAAAACCGUGAGUCCGCCUUGUCAUCCAACAGCGCAUGGACAAAAAACAGUUACGAUAGCAAUGUUUCCGAGCGCACAAAGGGCGCAUCCAACCGCCGCAAGAGCGAGGUAUCGCGCUUGAAUGGUCCGCAGGCCGCGAACGCCGGUCUGUCAACAGCUUCUGUGAAUACCCGGGCUCGUCGUCAAAGCCUCGCCCAACCGGGCACCGGAGCUCCAGCGACACGCGGUUCACGCAAAUCUAUCAGCUCCGGGGCGUUUGCUCCUACCAAUGCCUCAGCCCGACGCGCCAGUCUAAGUGCUCGCAAAAUUAGCACCGAUUUACCCGUGCGGACCGAUUCGAACAGCUUUCUCCGGCCACGGAUGCCGCAGACCGAGUCCGCUGGCGGCCAGGACGAAUCCAAAGUUCCCUCAUCUGUCCGGAAUCUCAAGGCAAAGUCCUUCCAGCCUGCUCCUCGCGAGCCACGUGGAACAUAUUUGACUGCAUCAGGUUCACCUGAUCAUGCGCGUUCUUCUUCCACCAAUGCUGUGCGCACCCCACAGAGAAACACAUCCGGGGCCACGGCGACGACCCCUUCGUCGUCAUCCAAGCGUGCCUCGAUGAUGCCCCAUGCUACCGGUUUAGGUGCGCGGACUAUUAGUCCCACCGAUGCUCGACGCAUGAAGAGAAUGUCAAUUGCGCCUCCUGCACCUCCAAUGCCACACACCCCACCCACCCAAACCGAGCCUCUCCCUUACCGGCCUGUAUCAUCAACUCAAUCUCCUUCUUUUCUUCCGAGGAAAAGCGUCACCCCUUCCUCAAAUCGAACGACUCCAGACCCCAACCGCAAGUCCUACAGCUCUGGAUUGUCUGUUUCGUCCAACACGAGCUACAAUUCGGUGCGGAACUCUGGAAGCUCUUUGCAGCCGCGACUUUCCCAAAACUACUCUUCAUCUCGCUUGCCAACUCCGAAACCUCGUACCGAGCAAUCAACGACUAAUGCAGAGGAAGAAGUUCCGCCAGUGCCCGCAAUUCCCAAGGCCUAUGAAUCCCCCAAGGGUGAACUGGAUGCGCCUACCUUCCCCGCACCACGAAAGUCCAGUUUGCCGAGCGAUAUCGGUCUCCUUAAUACUGCGCGUGACUCUGACUCGGAUGCCUAUGGCACGCAAAAUGCCACCGGUGAUGAAAAUGCCGAAUCGACUGCUGGACGGGUUACAAAGACUCCCGAGUCGCGAACACGGACUUCGACUGUGCUCGGACGCAAGGGCUUGCAACCAUUGAAGUUGCCGCCCCUUAAUCUCCUACCACUAGGUACACCUAUGACAACCAAGAUCGAGGCGUUGAAGGACCGAGAGGCUGAAGAGCGAAAGGCUCACACGCCCUCCGCUCAAGUCACGUCGAAGACCCCAAGUACUCCAAUGACUGCAUCGAAAGCGAACUUUUGGUAUCGUGAUGGGGAUGAGAAGGAUCUUUCUAGCCAAAUUCGAAGCAGCACUUCACACUUCGCUUUGAGCUCCACUACGGCUGCACUGCGAACAUCCAGCAGUACAAGUGCAUUCGCGCCAAUGGACACGCCUAACGGAAACCGCAACAUUUCCCCUUAUGCCUCGUAUACGCUGCCAAAGAGCGGUCCCGAUUUCAAAGCUCUCCGCCACCAGGCGAGUGGUGAUUACACCAGUCAGGGCUCGCAUUCGUACAAGUUGACCGGACCACGACCCCAGACGCAAAGCGCCAUUUUCACCCCUGCUGCGGAGCGACUCAGCCAGAUCUCGACACCGUCCGAGUCAGAAAGUGCUACUGCCGCAAUGCCCAACCCUACCGCUCGUGACCGUUUGAACGUGAGCCGGGUGCGCAGCAGCUCCAAGGUUAAACAAUUUGAAGCCGACACCGAUCCGGCCAAGUACGAUAAUAUGCCUCCGCCUAAGCUCCCUGCGUCAGCAACAUGGAAUAAUCUUUCCUCUGUUUCGUCAACUAGUCCGAACCUAAAAACAUCUUACCUCAAACCUCGCCGUCAAUCAUCGGUUUCUAGCAUCACGAAGCAAGCGGGUAAUCGGAAGCCAAGUGUUAGCAGUGACCGGAGCCUUACUCUGGAACCUGUUAGGACCAACGAAUCAGCUGGAAGCGAUCAGUCCUAUCGUACUCCCAACAACUUUGUUUCUCCAGUUCACAAGAUGAUCAGCUCUGCUCGGUCUAGUGCCGUCGCCUCUUCAGCGUCUCCAGAUGCCAGUGUUGAUGCUGAUGUUGUUAUCGCCGAUGAGGAAAUGCGACGACUCGGAUCCAAGCGCAGAGAUUUCGAGAAGGCUGCUAAGGAAUUGGACGAGCUGCGUCGCAAGGCUGGGCCAAAGGAUCGUGUGAGCCCUGCGCAAGCGCUCAAGAUGGCCAACCUGAAUAUCUUUGAACGUGGCGAGAUCAUCGACUAUCGAGACAUCUUCUUCUGCGGUACCCAAAAUGCGAAGAAACACAUCGGAGACCUUCACUCCGGAGCCGCCAACUUUGGGUACGAUGAUGACCGUGGCGACUACAACAUUGUGAUCGGUGACCAUCUCGCGUACCGCUACGAGGUCGUGGAUGUUCUGGGGAAGGGAAGCUUCGGACAAGUCGUUCGAUGCGUGGACCACAAGACCGGCGCUUUGGUUGCCAUCAAGAUCAUCCGCAACAAGAAGCGCUUCCACCAGCAAGCUUUGAUCGAGGUCAACCUUCUUACGAAACUCAAAGAGUGGGAUCCCGAACGCCGCCACAGCGUGGUCAACUUCACCCAGAGCUUUUACUUCCGUGGCCAUCUGUGCAUCUCCACCGAGCUCUUGGGCAUGAAUCUUUACGAGUUCAUUAAGGCGCAUGAUUUCCGAGGAUUCAACCUGAAGCUCAUCCGGCGGUUCACCAAGCAAAUGCUUAGCAGCUUGGUGCUACUGCACGCCAAGAAGGUCAUUCACUGUGAUUUGAAGCCAGAAAAUAUUCUUCUUGUUCACCCAUUGAACUCCGAGAUCAGGGUCAUCGAUUUUGGUUCGAGCUGCUUCGAGAAUGAAAAGGUGUAUACAUAUAUUCAGAGUCGAUUCUACCGAUCCCCCGAAGUCAUUCUUGGAAUGUCUUACGGUAUGCCUAUUGACAUGUGGAGCUUGGGAUGCAUUCUGGCCGAGUUGUACACCGGGUACCCCAUUUUCCCGGGUGAGAAUGAGCAAGAGCAACUGGCAUGUAUCAUGGAAGUCUUUGGACCUCCUGAGAAACACUUGAUUGAGAAGAGCACCCGGAAGAAGCUGUUCUUCGACUCCCUGGGCAAACCUCGCCUGACUGUUUCGUCCAAGGGCCGCCGUCGUCGUCCGAGCUCAAAGGAUUUGCGACAGGCUCUCAAGUGUGACGAUGAAGCUUUCUUGGACUUUAUCGCUCGUUGUCUCCGCUGGGAUCCCACCCGACGUUUGAGUCCUCAUGAUGCGCUCAAGCAUGAGUUCCUGACCGGCAUCAAGCCACAAGUUCGGCCGCGAAUGUAUGCCGCCAACAACUCUCCUUCCAAGCGAGGUGUCUCCUCGGGCACGAGACCGCUCCCGGAGCCCCCAAGCUUGAAGACCGGGCCUUUCACCCGCAAUCGCGAUCCGUCAGGCAACUCCCCGGUCAAGAGUAGCAGCGGGAAGCGUCACUCUACUGUGAGCGGCAUGCCUCCGUCCAGCCCCGCCAAACGAGGAUCGAACACUUCCACUGCAUCGGGAACUACAACCGCGCUCCCCCGAGCAUCGGCGCGCAGUAUUAGUGGAAAGCCUGAUCUCGCAACUGCGGCGGCUGCCACCAGUCUUAGGCCUAAAUGA